GGGGCAGCUUGAGAUCGUCUCUUCUUUCCUAUAUCCAAGUGUCUGCUCCUUUUCUUUCCUCACGCAUUUCAAUCGUCGAAGGGAUCAAAGAGUGACGAUACAUUUUUCGCACAAGCUCAAGAUAUUCACCCAGUGGUAGGGUUAUUUGGAAAUUUCGGUUUCGUCCGAAGCACUUCCCUUGAGCCUGAUGGUUGCCCCAGCUCCCGUUCUUUCGUCUGUACGUUAUACCAGCAUUUGGGCAUGCUUGAGCCACUGCACUGAUACCUUCUCAGAAGCCGCCAGAGGCUCCAAGGGUCCCAGAAGGAUGGACUGCUCUUUGGGAUGAGGAUGAGCAGGAUUGGUACUAUUACAAUCCAAGAGGAAAGGUGGCGCAAUGGGAGUCGCCCAUGGCGAAAGCUGCUCCCGUCCGUCGCUGCGGAUUCAGACGUAUCCUGCCAGCAUGCCUCUUUCCAACUCUGCCGCCUGCAAACAAGGGCAAGUCUACCGCUUUACCAAGUGAAGCGACCCUUCGAGCCAUAGACAUGAUCGACCGAUCUUUCAACGAUGAGGAGAUAGCCAUGGUGCUCCAACACGAAGAGUUCAGUCAGGAUUUGUCCGGCCGUCGUCAUAGCUUUGACCAGCACUGGGUCGACCCGACGGAAUAUAACUAUGAAGCGGGCCCCAGCGCCAAGCCGACGAGUGCAAACACCCGUAACGACAAUGCAGGCGCAGAACGGGCCAUUCAAAACCCGUUUGCAGGCACCGGCAACAAGCAGCAGGAUCUACCUGCGGUGUGUCUCCAGCGCGAAUGCGGCAUUUGUAUGGAUGACGGCGACGACAAUGCUCCUUGGACGUGGCUCCCGUGCACUCACCAGUUCCACACCAGCUGCGUGCUGGACUGGCUGGAGACGGCCAAUCGAUGUCCCGUCUGUCGAACGGAAUGUACGUAGGGAUGUUGGAAAGUUCUAGGUGUCCACAACAUGGAGGGAUACGAGCGAGAGCACAAAGGCUGCUAGGUGGGAUACGUGGUCAUAUGACAGCAGGCACGCUCUGUGGUAGCCGCAGGAGUCUGGUGAUUUUUGUUUUUCCUUGUUCGUUCUGCUCCUCAAGAUAGUAUCUCCUGCUCGUCAUCAUAUAGACAUGAACUGGUGUGUCGAUCAAACAGUGCCGAACACAGAGGCAGAAAUGUAUGGUGAGAUUAUGGCUCUGAGGGGCCCCGCACGCACGAUUCGCCAUGCUGGACUAAAGGCCUAAUAUCGCUGUCAUGGAUCAAACCAAACCGGCAAUCCGAGACGGCG